AUGCGAUCAUCAAAUUCAAUGCAUGCGAUUCAUUACAAUGUAUCAGCACGUCAUCAUAUUAUUAUUUUAUAUUUACUUAUUGUGGGUUUAAUUCUAUUAUGGGGAUUUUCUUUUAUUCAUUUUUUUCGUGUUGUUCGGACUACUAUGACUGAUUUGGUUCAAACUAAACAACGAUUAACGGAUCUAGAAGCAGUACAAAUUACAAUUUCAACGACAGCAAAUGGUUAUGAUGCAUUAAAUCGUCGAUCAAGACAUGCACGGCUUAAAUCAAAAUUAUUACAUAAACAACAACAAGAGCCAGAAGAAAUAGUUGAUUUAGAUUCAAUUUUUGGUUCAUUUUAUUUCAAAGUACCACCAAUUGCAAUGUCAACAUUUUGUGUUAAAUCAGUAGAUCAUUGUAAGAAAUUAGUCAGUGAAAAUGAAGAAUUACGAGGUCCAAAAGGUGAUCAAGGUGAACGUGGCUAUCCUGGAUUACCAGGAUUACCUGGUCUAAGGGGACCACCAGGCCCACCCGGAUUACCUGGUGUUAUGGGUUUUCCAGGAGCUAUUGGUCCUCAAGGACCUAAAGGAGAUCCAGGUGAAUCAAUCGAAGGACCACCAGGUCCUCCAGGUCCAACAGGACUUCCUGGAUUUCCAGGUCAACGUGGUGAUGUUGGUUCUCAAGGUUCUCCCGGAGUUUGUACAUGUCCGGCGCCAUCAUCAUCAUUGACAUUACCUUUCACAUCUAAUGAUCCUAAACAAGAUUUAGCUAGACGUGACGCCAUUCUUCGUCGUGCACAACGUUGUAUCUUCUCUUUUAUUGGUACACCUGUUCUUCUCAAACAAGAUAAUUAUACAUUUGGUGCUUGGUUUAAAGAUCCAAUGCCACGAACUGCUAAUGGUGCUCAAAAAGUAUAUGUUACACGUCAUACAAUCGGUAAUCUAUUAUAUGAAUAUAAUAGUGAACAAGAUUUAGUUAAUAGUAAACCUAAUCGUGUUAUAACAUUACCCUAUCCAUAUUCAGGUGUUAAUCAUAUUGUUUAUCAAGGAAGUUUUAUAUAUAAUGUUGAAAAUAAAAAUACAAUAAUACGUCUUGAUCUUGUAUCCGAAACUGAAACACAAUCUAUUGAAAUACCUGCAAAUCGCGAACCACUUUAUAAUACUCCACAAUCAAGUUGGUAUGAUUUUUCAAUCGAUGAAAAUGGUCUUUGGAUAUUAUAUCGUGAACAAACUACAAAAAAUUUUAUAGCCGCUAAAAUAAAUCCCGAUACAUUAGAUACACAAAAAACAUGGGUAUUACCAUAUAAUCCAUCAAGUUUAAGUCAAGCAUUUAUUGCUUAUGGUGUAUUUUAUGGUGUACAAUAUUAUAAUAAACAACAAUCUUAUAUUGAUGUUGUUUAUGAUAUUUAUUCAAAUGUUGCAUUUACAACAACAAAAAUUAUUUUUGCUGUACCAUUUCAAUUUCUCGUCCAAUUAACUUACAAUCCUUAUGAAGGCAAAUUAUUUGCUUGGGAUAAUAAACAUUUAAUUUACUAUGUCUAUAAUGUUCAACGUGAUAAAACGUUUAAAUGUUUGUGA